GGGCGCGGGACGGCUCGGGCUCGGGCUCGGGCUCCGCGGGCAGCGGGACGGCGCGGGGCGCGGCGGCCGCAGCGGGAGCGCUCUGAGCGCCCGCCCGCCAUGUCCAGGAAGAAGACCCCGAAGAGCAAGGGGGCGAGCGCGCCCGCCGCCUCCGCGCUGCCCGCCGCCAACGGGUCCCGGCCGGCGCGCCCCGGCCCCGCGGCGCCGCCCCGCGGGCCCCCGCAGCCCGGCCGGCCCUCGCUUGGCGGCGGCGGCGGCGACUUCUACGACGUCGCCUUCAAGGUGAUGCUGGUGGGUGACUCUGGUGUGGGGAAGACCUGCCUGCUGGUGCGCUUCAAGGACGGGGCUUUCCUGGCGGGUGCCUUCAUCUCCACCGUGGGCAUCGACUUCCGGAACAAAGUUCUGGAAGUUGACGGCACAAAAGUGAAGCUGCAGAUCUGGGACACGGCUGGGCAGGAGCGGUUCCGCAGUGUCACCCACGCCUACUACCGCGACGCCCACGCGCUGCUGCUGCUCUACGAUGUCACCAACAAGGCCUCCUUCGACAACAUGCAGGCCUGGCUGGCAGAGAUCCAGGAGUAUGCCCAGAGCGAUGCGGUGCUCAUGCUGCUGGGGAACAAGGUGGACUCCGCCCACGACCGCGUGGUGAAGAGGGAGGAUGGGGAGAAGCUGGCCAAGGUGAGUGGGGGGGCAGGUGGCAAGGGCUGCCCUGUGCUGCUGGGUCUGGGUGUCCCUGCCGGGCCCCCGCCCAGCUGGCAGCAGCUGUUUGCAGGAGUAUGGGCUGCCUUUCAUGGAGACCAGCGCCAAGACAGGGCUCAACGUGGAUUUGGCCUUCACAGCCAUAGCCAAGGAGCUGAAGCAGCGCUCCAUGAAGACCCCCAGUGAGCCCCACUUCCAGCUGCAUGACUAUGUCAAGAGGGAGGGCCGUGGGGUCUCCUGCUGCCGACCCUGACUGGACACAGGCCAUGGGGCAUCCUGCCAGAAGGCCCUGGCUGAACCUGGGGUGGAGAGUCCACAGGACCAGUGGUCACCCUUGAUCCAGGUCACUGAGGCUGAGCCUUGACCCCUGCCUGCCCCGGCUGAAGUCCUACCAGGCUCAAGGAGCCCACCGUCACCAACCCUUCCUCCUGUUCAGCCUGGGACACCAGCCCCUCACCCGCUGCAGGGCAGGGGUCUUGCCCCAGGCCACCAUGGGGGGCCAUCACGCAGUGCAGACUGGAUGCCGUGCCAGGCACCUGGCAGCAUGUGGACAGUGCCUAACCCCCUUAGUAAAGCCAUGCCUGGCUCCCACGGCCCGGGCCAGGGGUUCACUGCUGACCCGCCGUGCACGAUGUGCCCCAGAGCCACCCCGGUGAACAUCUUAAGGAGCUUCCCCUCGUGUUAUCCUGAAGGCUCAAGGCCGUCGCUUUGUAGUACAGCAAACAGCGUGGGAGUCCAUUGAAGUGUCAGGGCAACGGGGACAGGGCCCGCCAGCCCCCGCCUGCUAACCAGGGCACCACCUUGGCUGCCUGGGCCACCAGGCAGCCUGCCCAGGGCUGAGGCGGGGCAGGUGUUGCCAGCUUGUGCUAGUCAUCAAUCAGCCUCCUGACUGCGAACUGUCAUUUUCAGUCCUGGUGAAUAAAGUUGUGUUUUCUGUUGUCC